UUGUAAGUGAGAAAGACAAAACAGCGUGAAUGUGCCACUCACUGUUACUGUUACUGCUCUUUCUCACUCUUCUUUUCCUUCUCUUUGAAUAUCGUGCCAAAAUUUCCAAACACAGAUAUCAUAAUAACGGAAGAGCUUCUAUUUUUUGUGAUUGGAGAGAGAGAGACAGAAAGAUGGAGAGUGGGAAUGGGAAGAGAGCACAGGAAGAAGCAGGCCCUUCAUCUGGGAUUGAUGAAAGCAAACAGGAAGUGACUGGAAAAGCAAGUGAUGUUUAUGAUCACGCUAGAGAAGAGGAGGAAGAAGCAGAGGAAGAGGAAGAAGGAGCCAUUCACCAUAAUAAAAAUGCUGUCUUUGUUCCUGGGCCUCUUCUUUCUCUCAAGGAACAGAUCGAACGAGACAAGGAGGACGAAAGCCUAAGGAGGUGGAAGGAGAAGCUGUUGGGUUGCUUGGAAAGUGAUUUAGAUGAUAAAUUGGAUCCUGAAGUGAAAUUCCACUCCAUAGGAAUUCUCUCCGAGGAUUUUGGUGAAAUUGUUACUCCUUUACCUGUGGAUGAAAAACAGAAUGGUUGUACCCUAUUCACUCUCCGGGAGGGGUCUCGCUAUCAGCUUAAGCUAAAAUUUAGUGUUCUGCAUAACAUUGUGUCUGGCUUGACAUACUCCAACAGUGUGUGGAAAGGAGGGCUUCAAGUUGAUCAGAGCAAAGGAAUGUUGGGUACAUUUGCUCCUCAAAAGGAGCCAUAUGUAUAUGCCUUGAAGGAGGACACCACUCCCUCUGGUGCACUUGCAAGGGGUGUUUACUCGGCCAAACUUAAGUUUGAAGAUGAUGACAGAAGGUGUCACAUGGAACUCAAAUAUUUAUUCGAGAUAAAAAAGAGCAGCUAAUCCGGGUUUUCUGGCACAUUGUUUUUAUGUAUCAUUUAUCAUUCUCCCAAAAUCCUUAGUUAUAUUUCUGAACAUGUUUUUAUGCGACAGCUUUGUAUUCCUAAUACACACAAAGGGAGUGGACUCCUUUAUGAAAUUGUGAUGACUUAUUUUAAGAACUAGAAAGUGUUUAUUCUGAACAUUUGCCAAAACUAAACAAAAUUUGACCUUAUAAUGAGGAUGAAUUUUAAAGA